GGAUUCGGGGACACGUGGCCUGGCGACCCACCAGCAAAUCCUCCCUCCACCCUCCCUUGACUCUCGAACUAUUUCUUGUUUUUUUGGUUCUAGUUUUAUUUAGUGUCAAGGGACAUCUGGAAUCUGUCCUUUAAGGGGGGGGUACUGUUACGAUCCGCUGCACGGAUCAUAGUUUGUUUAUGUUUCUCGUCACAUAUGUUUUCAGCACAUUGAUUUUGUUUGUGUUCAGUUGCCAUGUCAACUGAUUACUUUCACCUGCCUCUGGUUAGUGUUCGGGACGCGCACCUGUUGCCCGGGCACUAAUCAGAGGGCUAUUUAAUCUUUGCUCUGGCCUCACUCUGUCUGGCUUCGUAGUUUGUUCCCAUACAACUGAUAACGACAACUUAGAUUCCCGCUAGCUUUUCACGCUAUGCCAUUUUGCCUGCUAGCUCCCACGCUAGUCCUUUUGUUUUUGCCUUUUGCUAUUUGCACGUCUUUUGUUCGUUCCCCGUACGAUUUAUAUUUUCAAUAAAUUAUUUUCCUACCUGCAAGCUGUGUCCGAAGCCGUCUGCAUCCUUGGGAGAACCACACCCGCAUCACUAUGCGACCACGUCGUUUCACAAGAAGGACAAGAAGGACACAAAGGACAGGAAGGACAAGAAGGACACGAAGGACACGAAGGAGAAGAAGGACACGAAGGAUAGGAAGAACAAGAAGGACACGAAGGACACAAAGGACACAAAGGAUAGGAAGGACAAGAAGGACAAGAAGGACAUGAAGAACACGAAGGACAAGAAGGAAAAGAAGGAAAAGAAGGACAAGAAGGAAAAGAAGGACAAGAAGGAAAAGAAAGACAAGAAGGAAAAGAAGGACACGAAGGACAAGAAGGAAAAGAAGGACACGAAGGAAAAGAAAGACACAAAGGAUAAGAAAGACACAAAGGACACGAAGGACAAGAAGGAGAAGAAGGACACGAAGGACACAAAGGACAAGAAGGACACGAAGGACACGAAGGACACAAAGGACACGAAGGACACGAAUGACACGAAGGAAAAGAAGGACAAGAAGGACAAGAAGGACAAGAAGGACACAAAGGACAAGAAGGACAAGAAGGACAAGAAGGACACAAAGGACACAAAGGACAGGAAGGACAAGAAGGACACGAAGGACACGAAGGAGAAGAAGGACACGAAGGAUAGGAAGAACAAGAAGGACACGAAGGACAAGAAGGACAAGAAGGACACAAAGGACACAAAGGACAGGAAGGACAAGAAGGACACGAAGGACACGAAGGAGAAGAAGGACACGAAGGAUAGGAAGAACAAGAAGGACACGAAGGACACGAAGGACACAAAGGAUAGGAAGGACAAGAAGGACAAGAAGGACAAGAAGGACAUGAAGAACACGAAGGACAAGAAGGAAAAGAAGGAAAAGAAGGACAAGAAGGAAAAGAAGGACAAGAAGGAAAAGAAAGACAAGAAGGAAAAGAAGGACACGAAGGACAAGAAGGAAAAGAAGGACACGAAGGAAAAGAAAGACACAAAGGAUAAGAAAGACACAAAGGACAGGAAGGACAAGAAGGAGAAAAAGGACAUGAAGGACACAAAGGACAAGAAGGAGAGGUUUAAACCCAGAGAGAGUCCCUAUGACCUCAGAGGUUCAGACCCAGAGAGAGUCCCUAUGACCUCAGAGGUUCAGACCCAGAGAGAGUCCCUAUGA